CUUCUGUUUUUUUCUUUCCUUUACAUGGCUCGCUCUGUGUUCUUGCUGGCCUCCAUUUUAGCUCUUCUUCUAGCUUCUUCAUCGGGUGUCUCUGCCGCAGUCGUCGAGCAUUACCUUCAUAUAGAAAACACAGUCGUGGAGCGUCUAUGCCACAAGCAGGUGAUUACUGUCGGAAAUGGAAGCAUCCCCGGGCCCGAGAUGGCAGUUCGUGAGGGCGACACAUUAGUCGUUCAUGUCGUUAAUAAGUCUCCCUACGACAUUACCAUUCACUGGCACGGAGUUUUUCAAUUAUUCAGUGCUUGGGCAGAUGGAACUGAAUACACAACCCAAUGUCCAAUACGACCUGGAAACACUUACACACACAAAUUCAAAGUCACCAAGCAAGAAGGAACCCUUUUCUGGCAUGCUCACGUUAAGUGGCUUCGAGCAACCGUGUAUGGCGCCAUAAUCAUUCGGCCAAGAUUCGGCCUUCCAUACCCAUUUUUCCCAAAACCAUACGCAGAAUACCCAAUUGUUCUAGGAGAGUGGUGGAACGCCAAUAUCCUGGACGUGGAGGAUGAAAGCCUCGCCACCGGCGGCGCAAGCAACAUUUCCGAUGCUUACACCAUCAAUGGCCAGCCCGGCGAUCUCUACCCAUGCUCUUCUGCUGGGACAUAUAAAUUGAAAGUGGUUCGAGGCAAAACGUACCUGCUCCGCAUUAUCAACGCUGCACUCAAUAAUCAUCUCUUCUUCAAGAUCGCCGACCACAAAAUGAAAGUGGUCAACAUCGACGCCUCGUAUACCACCCCAAUGGUCACCGAUGUCGUCACCAUUUCCCCCGGCCAAACGGUGGACGUUCUUGUCACCGCCAACCAGCCGCCGUCAUCUUACUACAUGGCAGCUCGUCCCUAUAUUAGUACAGAAGAUCUAGCCUUUGACAACACGACCACUACAGCUAUCUUCAUGUAUGAGAAUGCCAGCCCAUCCGAGCCCAAAAUGCCGGUCUUGCCGGACUUCCGCGACACCACGACGGCGCACAAGUUCUAUUCUAGCUUGACGAGCCUUGUCGGCGGGCCUCACUGGACGCCCGUGCCCCUUAGAGUCGACGAGUCGAUGUUUAUAUCCACUGGUUUGGGGCUGCUGCCAUGCGGCGCCAACGCCACCUGCGCCGGAAUCCUCGGCCAGCGGAUGGCAGCCACCAUGAACAAUGUCUCCUUCGUCUUCCCCAGCAAGCUAUCCAUGUUGGAAGCGUUCUACCACAAUGUUAGUGGAGUUUACACGACAGAUUUUCCCGACCAGCCGCCGAAGGCGUUCGACUACACGAAUCCGAAUAACCAGUUGAACACUUCCAUUGUAAUGACAGCGCAGUCGACUAAAGUGAAAAAGCUGAGAUUCAAUUCGGUGGUUCAGAUGGUGUUGCAGAACACGGUGUUGCUGGGCGUAGACAACCACCCAAUUCACUUGCAUGGGUUCGACUUGUAUGUACUGGCUCAAGGCUUUGGCAACUACGACCCGGCGAAGGAUACCAAAAAUUUCAAUCUUAUCAACCCGCAAGUGAGGAACACCAUUGGCGUGCCGGUCGGAGGAUGGGCCGUGGUCCGGUUUCGAGCAAACAAUCCAGGCAUAUGGCUGAUGCAUUGUCACUUGGACGUGCAUGUGCCAUGGGGCCAGUCCAUGGCUUUCGAGGUUGAGAAUGGGCCGACGCCAUUUACCAAGUUGCCUCCGCCUCCAGCAGAUCUACCAAAAUGUUAAGAGUAAUAAUUAUAAUUAAUCAUGUAUGUUUAAUCAUUAAUUAAUUAAUGUGUCUGGGGUUCAAUUUUUGCUACUGCCUGCAGGAUUGCUAGCUAGCUAGGUAUCCAUCCAUCUAGACUCUUGUCACCCUCUCAACUUUGUUGUGGUUAUUGGUGCUGUUGUUGUUGUUAUUUGUACUGUAUAAUCACUUCCUUCCAGGAGUGAAAUUAAAAAUAUCAUAUAAGUAUCCAUGUCUACGUGCAAUUAAUUAAUAAAGAGCUCUACU